CACUUUCUAAAUUACGGCCUCCCUCUUAAUUAAACCUCUUCUCUGCGUGUGUGGCUUUGGGCCAAAAAUAGCAACAGAGACGCUGCUGGGAUUGGGAAAGAGGGGGAGAUCGGGAUGAAUCAAAGGGCAGCAGGAAGAGGGAGGCCGUCCGGUACCGAUGGCUCUGAUUUCUCCUACCGCAUGGUCGUCGAUUCCAGAUACACGAAAGUUGCAAAGGCAAAGUCUCGUCUUGCCAAAUUGAUCUUCGCUCAGGCAGUCACUCAAUUGAUGAUAGCAGCUAAUGUAUUUAUUUCAUUAUCAAAGAAGGAGUCUCCUGAUAGAGUUUCUGUUUCUUCCCUUUCAAUUGGCUUGGUCUCUCUUCUGGCAGGGGAACUAGGUCGAAAGAGAAGCAGAUCCAACUUUUUGAAGUUUUAUGUCUUUGGGUCUUCCAUGGCGAUCCUGCUGUCAGUGGCAUAUCUUGCUAUGAGCAAUCUCUCAUUGGAGGCUUUUCAACAUUUUACAAGUUUGGAGACUCUAAAGAUUGCAGCUGUCCUACUAGGAUUUGUGGUACAAUUUUUCGCUAUUGGUACAACCAUUUCUCUUAUUAAAAAUAUGGCACCUCCUAAGAGGGCUUCUUGAUUUUUAGUGUAACUCUGGUCUUAUUCCAAAUUUCUUUGACUGAUUAAAGAGGGUUCUUAGAUACUUCUGAUUCGACGGAGAUGCUGCUGUAAGUUGCCUUUAUCAAUGCUAUUUUUGCAAGCUUUUCCGAUUAACAUUAUCUUUUGAGCUUUUGACAUGUUCAACCAUAGCUUUUUAGAGUAUCAGUCCGGAUGUACCUAGCCUUUGUUUUUUCCUUUUCCUUCUCAGUGAAUCUUAGGCCUUCUUUCUUUUUUGACCAUUUGCUAAUCAUGUUACUAGUUACCUUUUUGGCUA